CUUUAAGAAAAAAAAAAAAGUGGAAAACAAAUAGAAAAUGCGGUUAAUUAGUAAUUACUUGUAUUCCAAUUGGAGAAUACCACUUCCCAAAAAAACAUGAUUGCCUUUUUUACUUCAACACCAAUCCUCUCUUAAACAUCCACGUUGCAGACUAAAACUAUUUCUUACACAAGCAUGAAAACCAGCGCACAAAAAGGGGGGCAAAAAUAAAAAUAAAACCUCCAUUGAUUUACAGCUAAGUCUCAGCUUGCACAGUCUACUGCCAGUUCACAACCCAACACGUAUGUCGAUCGAUUCUUAGAAAACCUCCGACCUAAAACUACUCGUCGAAUCCUGUUAGGAUCGAUAAUUUUCUUUACCUUCUACCCCCUUUUCGUGUGUAAUAACUGGUUCGAUCCGAGAAAGCUUUAGCAGCAUUAUUAAUGGAGGGCGGUGAGAGAAGCCCGUUGAGAGUGGAGGGCAUGAAAAUGAGGCCGCAGGCUGAUCGGGCCUUCGUCACGGAGCCCGAUGUGGCGGUUUCGUCGCCGGUGACCCGCCAGAAAGCCGCCGCCGCUAAACAGAUUAUUGAGAAUCAUUACAAAAAUUACUUGCAAGGGUUGCAAGAUCGAAAAGAAAGGAGGAGGGCUUUGCAGAGAAGGGCACAAGAGGAUAAAGUGUCUAGCGAGGAGGAAGAAAAGAUGUUGAGGAACUUGGAGAAAAGAGAAACUGAGUACAUGAGAUUGCAAAGGCAUAAAGUUGGUAUUGAUGAUUUUGAGCAGUUGACCAUCAUUGGUAAAGGAGCUUUUGGGGAGGUCAGAUUAUGCCGCGCUAAAAACACAGGAGAAAUUUAUGCCAUGAAAAAGUUGAAAAAGUCUGAGAUGCUUAGCCGUGGACAGGUCGAGCAUGUAAGAUCGGAAAGGAAUUUGCUUGUCGAGGUCGAUAGUCGGUGCAUAGUGAAGCUCUUUUACUCCUUUCAAGACUCCGACUUCUUAUAUCUCAUCAUGGAGUAUUUACCUGGCGGUGAUAUUAUGACUCUUUUGAUGAGAGAAGACACUCUCUCGGAGGACAUUGCCCGUUUUUACAUUGCAGAGAGCAUUCUUGCUAUUCAUUCUAUUCAUCAACAUAGUUAUGUACACAGUGCCCUUAUACUGAACUUGUCCGCCUCUAGGGAUAUCAAGCCGGAUAAUCUGAUUUUAGACAGGAAUGGGCAUCUGAAGCUUUCUGAUUUUGGCUUGUGUAAGCCGCUGGAAAAAUAUUCAUCCAUGUUACUGGAAGAUGAUGAUUUUAUUGCUCGGGAUUCUGAAAAUGAGGGCGAAGGGCAUUCGGGCACAGAGACUGCUCCUUGGUUAAUGGCUAAAGAGCAGUUACAACAGUGGAAACGCAAUCGUCGUGCCUUGGCAUAUUCUACAGUGGGGACACUUGAUUAUAUGGCGCCAGAGGUUUUGUUAAAGAAAGGGUAUGGGAUGGAGUGUGAUUGGUGGUCUUUGGGGGCAAUAUUGUACGAGAUGCUCAUAGGUUAUCCUCCAUUUUGUUCUGAUGAUCCUAGGAUGACAUGUCGCAAGAUAAUAAAUUGGAGAACAUGUUUGAAGUUCCCUGAAGAACCGAAAAUAUCUUAUGAGGCUAAGGAUCUGAUCCUCCAUUUGUUAUGUGAUGUUGACAAACGAUUGGGGACUCGGGGCGUUGACGAAAUUAAGGGACAUCCAUGGUUUAGAGGCAUCAAAUGGGACUUGCUUUAUGAAAUGGAGGCAGCAUACAUACCAACUGUGAACGGAGAUUUAGACACACAAAAUUUUGAAAAGUUUGAUGAGGUAGAAAAACCACCAUCUGACACGCCAAAGGUAGGACAUUGGAGGAAGAUGUUAACAUCCAAAGAUGCCAACUUUAUUGGAUAUACAUUCAAAAAAUCGGAUCUCCUUAAAUCAGCUGACACGGCAGGCCAAAUGGACCUGAGAGAUUGUGCAAUAGCCGAAGACGAUCCCAAGCUGCAUGAUGUUAUGGAGAGUUCUGUGAAUUCUUAUGAGGUUGGAGCGAGAAAAUGUGAUGAGCAAGAAGAGACCUCAGCUUUGCGCCCCAACGAAAUUGGCCCCACUGAGUGGACUGAUGAGAAACACAGUCUGUAUCUGGAAUCUAUUGAGGCAACGUUCGUCAAUCAGCUAAACAAAUCUUUAAAUUUUUUGGGCUCGAAAUCUUUGCGUGCUUCCUCUGGCAAGUUUACUGUUUUACGUGAUGGUCGUUGGUCAAAAAUUGAGUCACUUCUGGAAAAUCAGUGGAUAAAUCGCUAUAGGUGUUCAGGAAAACGGGAAGUUGUGAAAUGCUUGACUGAUCCCCGUGUGGAAGAUCCUUUAGCUACCUAUUCGAAUCAAAGUCUUGCAAAUAACUUUCGAUUUUGGCACCAAGAUUCAGUGGACACCAAUGCAGAGGUGAUGGGUCAGAACUUCAACGAGGAAGGUCUCGAGGAGCAAGCUAGCAGGGUGCACAAAUUCAAGAGAAUGAGAAAUUCGUCACGCGAAGAUCAAGAAAAGCCCGAUCGGAUGAAGGUGGAUAAAUCGAUGUUACUAAAGUGGGUAGUUUCAUGCCAUCAAAAGCUCAGGAGAUGCGGUGUGGCAGAAGACCCAACUCUCGAGGAAGCAAGAGGGAUCACCUAG